CAUGAGUGAAAUUUUACAAUCUGCAUUUGGUGUUGCUUAUUCAAAACAUCCUGGACUUUACUUGUUUCUUUGGCUCUUUCUGCGGUUUAUCACUUUUACACCAUGUCCGACAGCGGGGUCCCUCAGCCAGGACCAGCGAAGCUGAAGCGCAAUGCUGGGCCGGAUGAGUGGCUUGAGGCAGCCAAGAACUGUAAAUACCUCUCAGAGGCGCAUAUGAAGCAGCUCUGCGAAAUAGUGAAGGAGUACAUGAUGGAGGAAUCGAAUAUCCAACCCGUGUCCACACCCGUCACAGUUUGCGGAGAUAUCCACGGCCAAUUUUACGACCUCCUAGAGCUCUUCCGCGUCUCCGGUGGAAUGCCAGAUGCCUCUCUGACAGAACCCCCAAAGGCUGCGAUUACAUCGGAAGACAUCGAGCCGCCAACAUCCAUAACGGAUCCGGAGCUGAGAAAAAAGCUGAAGAAUCCGGGGGCUGCGGAUGAUGAUGAUGAUGGAGACGCGGCCGAUGACACGGCUCAACGAGAGCGAUCGUCGAGUUCAGGAUCUGCAGAUGUGAGAGUCGACCGCAACUUUGUGUUCCUCGGCGACUAUGUGGAUAGAGGAUACUUCAGUUUGGAGACUUUGACUCUGCUAUUGUGUUUAAAAGCCAAAUAUCCUGACCGAGUAACACUGGUUCGCGGCAAUCACGAGUCUCGACAAAUCACACAGGUCUACGGUUUCUACGAAGAGUGUCUGCAAAAGUAUGGAAAUGCUUCCGUAUGGAAGGCUUGCUGUCAAGUGUUCGAUUUCAUGACCCUCGGCGCUAUUAUUGAUGGCCGGGUUCUGUGUGUUCAUGGGGGAUUGAGUCCGGAGAUCAGGACCCUAGAUCAAGUCCGUGUCGUCGCCAGAGCCCAAGAGAUUCCACACGAAGGAGCGUUUUGUGACCUGGUUUGGUCUGAUCCAGACGAUGUUGAGACAUGGGCAGUUAGCCCCCGAGGAGCCGGUUGGCUAUUUGGUGACAAGGUUGCGGAUGAGUUCUGCCAUGUGAAUGACCUAACACUCAUUGCCCGAGCCCACCAGCUGGUAAACGAGGGCUACAAGUAUCACUUCACAAACAACAACGUGGUUACCGUCUGGAGUGCACCCAACUAUUGCUACCGCUGCGGAAACCUGGCAUCAGUAUGCGAGAUUGGGGAGGACCUGAAUCCAAAAUUCAAGCUGUUCAGUGCCGUCGCUGACGACCAACGGCAUGUCCCACAGUCGCGGGGAGGGCGCAGCGAGUACUUUUUGUAGAAUAUCGUUUGUCCUACACGCAUUCGCUUUCGUGGCGAUGAAGGCAUUAUUGGCACCGGCGCUGGCGUUCGGGAGUGUAUACCUGAUGUAUUGGCCUUCCUCAAAAAGGCGGUUGACGGGCAUCGUAUCAUAUAUAACGAUUUUAGAGCACGCUUAAUGAAUGACAUCCAAUUUGCGAUUUUGCGCCGAA